AUCUACUUUUGUCGUGUUCGUGUGACUUUGUCGCUCAAGCACCGACGGGGUGAACAGAGACACACACACACGAUACGACGUCGCGUAACAACGAACGAUGGCGUCGCUACCAUACGCCGAUGCCGAUUGUAGCCUUAGAGCUUUAGCUGGCCGUGCCGAGGGUUUCGGCCGCUUCGCCGUCGGUGGUCUCCACGGCGAUGUCUACGUCGUCACUUCUCUUGCAGAUGAUGGACCUGGGACUCUUCGUGAAGGAGGUAGGAGGAAAGAGCCGUUAUGGAUUGUGUUUGCAGUUUCUGGAACUAUUCAUCUCAAUUCAUACUUGAGUGUAUCGUCUUACAAGACGGUUGAUGGAAGAGGACAGCGAAUCAAGCUCACGGGGAAAGGGAUACGACUAAAGGAAUGUGAGCAUAUCAUUAUUUGCAAUUUGGAGUUUGAAGGUGGUAGAGGUCAUGAUGUUGAUGGUAUUCAGAUUAAACCAAAGUCUAGACACAUUUGGAUUGAUCGGUGUAGCUUACGCGAUUACGAUGAUGGUCUUAUUGAUAUUACUAGACAAAGCACUGAUAUCACUGUUUCUAGAUGUUAUUUUGCACAGCAUGAUAAGACGAUGCUGAUUGGAGCAGAUCCUUCUCAUGUUGAUGAUAGAUGUAUCCGAGUUACCAUUCAUCAUUGUUUCUUUGAUGGAACUAGACAGAGGCAACCUCGUCUGAGGUUUGGCAAAGUUCAUUUAUACAACAAUUAUACAAGAAACUGGGGAUUAUAUGCUGUUUGUGCUAGCGUAGAAGCGCAGGUUUUCUCUCAAUGCAAUAUAUACGAAGCAGGAGUGAAGAAGAAAACUUUUGAAUACUACCCAGAAAAGGCUGCUGACAAGGAAGAAGUGAGAGCUGGUUUAAUACGAUCUGAAAAUGACUUGUUCUUGAACGGAGCUCAACCUUCCUUGUUGACAGGAGCCAGUGAAGAAUGUGUGUUCCAUCCAAGCGAGCACUACCCGACAUGGACUGUCGAGCCACCAUCAGAAACUCUCAAGCAAAUUAUGCAAAUUUGUACCGGUUGGCAAUCUUUAUCCCGUCCUUCAGAUCAUGGAGUUCCUAAGUAACAGUUGUGGUCCGAUUGUUUUCUUGCAUAUCAUAUUGUUCUUCCUUAAGUUAUUCAAGAAGUGAAUAAGGCUUUUGUUCGUCAGCACAUUAUUUUCAGAGUACGCUGUUGUGUGUGAUUUUUGAUGCUUUUUUCUUUUUUUGUGAUAAGUAAUUGGCUUCUUGAAUGUAUAAUCCCUGAAUCAAAUUCUUUGCCAGAUUUAUAUCAGAUUCGGUUAUUAUACA